GGGAGAAAAUAAUUCCUGGUUGUGGAAAUGGGCAACGGAGAUGUGGAAUUUGAAACAUUUCUGAUCCACGUCCAGCCACUGUUUACCCUGCAGUCAGGCUAUGACAUCAGAGCGAGGACUUUAUAAAAGUGCAUGUGCACAGAGCCAGGCAGUGAGAAAACAGUAACACAAGUAGAAAAUCUCAUUGUGGUGGAGGACAUACCAGAACAUGAUGGACAAACUACAGAGAGACAGAAGAAACCUGAUGGCGUGGGCAUUGCUGUUUUACCUGGGCUCACAGGUGUGCUGUCAGCAGUGUGGCAGUCCUUGUCAGUGCCAAAGCUCUGUACCAGCUUGCCCAGAAGGCGUUCCUCUUAUUCUCGAUGGGUGCCAGUGCUGUCAGGUGUGUGCCCGGCAGCAGGGUGAGGCCUGCAGUGAGCUGUUACCGUGUGACAGUCAGCGCAGCCUGCAGUGUGACUACAGUGCCAGCUUCCCUGGAGAGCCAGGAGAGUGUAUCAGUGAGAAGGAGCUGGGCUGUGAGCAUAAUGGAGUCUCCUAUCAGGAAGGCCAGGUAUUUCAGCCCUCUUGUGCUCUUCAGUGUCGUUGUUCUGGUGGAGGGGUGACCUGUGUGCCCCGGUGUAGUGAGGAUGUUCUCCUGCCCACCCCAGACUGCCCUCAUCCUCGAAAGGUUCAACAACCAGGAAAAUGCUGUAAAGAGUGGGUGUGUGAAAAUAUGGACAACACAGUGCUUCAGGACGCUCACAUAGCUUCAGGAAGUGACCAGACAAUGGCUGCAGACUCUCCACACCAAACCAGACCCGGUUUAAACUGCAUAGACCAGAGCACAGAGUGGAGCGCUUGCUCACGCACCUGCGGGCCUGGAAUAUCCACACGGGUGUCCAAUCAAAAUCCGGCCUGUCGCCUGGAGAUGCAGAUGCGCUUGUGUAUGAUCCGACCCUGUCAGCCAAUUUUCCAGAGAAACCCGCGGUGGUCAAGAAGGAAAUGUCAACCUAGCUACAGGUCAGCAACCCCAGUGCGGCUUUUCCACCAGGGCUGUUACAGUACACGGUUCUACAGGCCCCGUUAUUGCGGCUCAUGUACAGACAACCGUUGUUGCACUCCUUACCACACUGGCACAGCAGUGGUCACUUUCCACUGCCCUGGAGGCAGAUUGCUCAAACAUGCUGUCAUGACAAUCAACUCCUGCAUCUGCCAUUACAACUGCCCUUAUUCAUCUGGACAGGCAUAUAGAGGAACACCCUUUUGGGGUUAGACAUUCCUUCUCUUAUAGGCUAACUGACUGACAAAAACCCUCUUCAAGCACUAAAAAACACAUAAGCCAUUUGAGAUUUGACAGCAAUGUUUUUUUCAGGACACUGAAGACAUAGUUUACCCAAAAAUGAAAAUUACUCACCCUCAAGUCAUCCUAGGUGUAUAUGACUUUUUUCUUUCAGACGAAUACAAUCGGAAUUACAUUUAAAAAAUGUCCUGGCUCGUCCAAGCUUUAUAAUGGCAGUGAAAGGGUGUCCAGAUUUUAAAGUCCCAUAAAGUGCAUCCAUCCAUCAUAAAAAGUACUCCACACAGCUCUGGGGGUUAAAAAGGGCCUUCUGAAGCAAAUUGAUGUGCUUCUGUAAGAAAAAGAUCCAUAUUUAACACUUUAUAAACUGUAAUCUUGAGCUUUCGCUGUCGUGCGUGCGUUCAUUACGGAGGAUGUUGGAGUAGCAUAAGCUCUGGUGAGAAUAUGCUAGUCUCGUGAGAACUAAGCUUCAAAAGUAUCGAAAUCCUCUGUUAUUUUUCUUUCUCAAAUUCUCAUAGGUCAUCCACUGGAAUGCCACUCUCGUGAAUGUACGACAGUUAGCGGAAGUUAGAGAUGAUGGUUUAUAAGGUUUUAAAUAUGGAUAUUUUUCUUACACAAAUGCAUCAAGUAGCUUCAGGAGGAUUUUAUUAACCCCCAAGCUGUGUGGAGUACUUUUUAUGAUGGAUGGAUUAUGGAUACACUUUAUUGGACUUAAAAAUCUCAACACCCAUUCACUGCCAUUAUAAAGCUUGGAGGAGCCAGGACAUUUUUAAAUAUAACUCUGAUUGUAUUAUUCUGAAAGAAUAAAGUCAUAUACAUAUAUGAUGGCUUAGGGGUGAGUAAAUCAUGGUGUAAGUUUCAUUUUUGGGAGAACUAUCCCUUUAAGAUGACAGGUGUAAUUAAAAUAGUGUAUGAGUUUUAAGACCUGCCAGAAAUUUCUUUCAUUUUCUUUUUUUUAAUCUAUUGGGUUUACACAGUGGCAGCUGUUUUUACUUUGGAAAAACUUUACACUUGAAAAAUAUUGAACAUUUAUAUAAGAGUAAAUCUGUCUAUUUACUCUGUCAGUUUUUUCUAUUAUUAUUGGACAACCAUGGCUUGAAUUCCAAAGCUAUUAGCUCUCAAAAGAUGAAAAUGAUGUAAAUCAGAUCAAAUAUUUUCUCCUUUUCAAGAAACAGGAUCUAAGCAAAGAAAAACUUCCUGUCUUAGACAGAAUUGAAAUUUACCUGAAAUAACAUCGCACAUGAAUGCAGAAGACAAUUAUUUUUCCAGAUAAAUUUGGCAUGUUCACUUGUAUGUAUUUUAGGCUUGUAUUUGAAGUCUGACACUAAAAGUACUUUAGUGUUUUCCAAUUUCACGCGAAAGGAUUUACUGUGUAUAUAUGUAAAUACUUGUAUAUGUCUGUAUGUUCUGUAUGUUUAAUACUACUGUCAUUAACCUUUAACAUUUGUUUUCAUUUGGUUUCAUUGCACUGUCAUUUGCCACAUCACAACCUUUCAGUCAAAAGUUAACAGCAUUUGUCAUACCUUAUGCUAAAAUCUCUUCAUAAAUUCUCAGUCAUACAUUUUUUGUACUGUGUGCCUGUCUUCUUUUCUUGUGGUGUAGUAGCUUUAUUUACUUUUAACAUUCACUGAUCAUAAGGCAGUUAUUUUAUUAUUAUUAAAUCUGCUACUUCUAUUAGCUAAAUUUAGCUAAACACAAGCCUUUUAUUUUUAUCUUUAAAGGGAAGUUCAACAAUACCUAAAAACAAAUCUAGUAGCUUCAUAUUGAAUUCCCAUCACAAAUCUCUCAUUCUGCAGUGAUUCAGAAGUGUAAGGCUGCCCUCUCUUGUUUUUACGAGGAAAGGCAAUCAAGAAUUAGAUGCUCUAAUUUGCAUUAUAGAGUGUGUCCGUUCUGUAAGGAGUUACUGUGUGUACAGGAAUGGAAUCAAUAUAGAAAUACAAUA